AUGCAGGAUGAGGAUACUUGCCCUGCUUGCAAGACCGGAGAGACCACCCAGGAGUGGAACGCCGCCGACAAGGAGAACUGGGUCCGUUGCGAUGCAUGCAAGACGUGGUACCACUGGCGCUGCGCCGGUGAUGGCGGUGACCUCGACGCGGUCGACAAAUGGUUCUGCAAGGCGUGCAUGGCUCAAGACCCCGCGCGCGUGAUCACGAUGAAGCCGCCUGCGCGCAAGUCGGCGCGGAAGCGCACCCAGCGCGACUACGCCGGACUGCACAAUACAGGCUCGGAGGCGGGCCCGGAUCGCUGGCUGCGCAUGCUGGAGGGCAAGGCGAUCAAGGAAGACUCAUUCCGGCGCAUGAAGGGCACGGAGGUCGGCGUGGAAUGGCUGGAAAACGACGAGAGCGCCAUGCGCGAGCCCAUUGUCAUCGAAUCGCCUGACGGUCUCGGUAUGAAGAUGCCGCCGAAAAGUCUAACGGUGCGGGAUGUGGCGGAGGUCAUCGGCGCCCAGACACCGGUCGAAGUCAUCGAUGUGAACACACAGUCGACUGCUCCAGGCUGGACCCUCGGGAAAUGGGCCGACUACUACGAAACGGAGGCGUCCGCACGCGACAAAAUACGAAAUGUGAUCUCGCUCGAGAUCUCCGGGACCGACCUCGCAGACAAAGUGCUUCCACCGCGGAUUGUACGGGAGCUUGAUUGGGUAGAGAAGUUCUGGCCAAGUACCAAGAAGGGCAGAGGGAAUGCCUAUCCGAAAGUGCAGCUAUACUGCCUGAUGGGCGUCGCGGGGGCCUGGACGGAUUGGCACGUCGAUUUCGCUGGCUCGUCUGUGUAUUACCAUAUUUUGCACGGCACGAAAGUGUUUUACUUCAUCCGUCCGACGCCUGCGAACCUACAGGCGUACGAACGAUGGUCAGGAACGGAGAUGCAAAACCAUUCCUGGCUGGGCGAUAUGGUCGACGAGGUGUUCAAAGUUGAACUGCAUGAUGGUAACACCAUGAUUAUUCCCACUGGGUGGAUACACGCUGUGCACACGCCCGUUGACACACUCGUCUUUGGUGGGAACUUCCUGCACUCAUACAAUGUGCCCACACAGCUCAAGGUGCGGGAUAUCGAGAUUGCGACUCAUGUGCCAAAGAAGUUUAGGUUUCCUUAUUUCAUACGGUUAUGUUGGUAUGCCGCAGAGAAAUAUUUACGGGACCUAAAGGCCAAGGAAGAAUUCUCGCCAAGGGUGCUCGAGUCAGUCGAAGCUCUUGUUACAUUUCUAGUCUCAGAGGCCCGUACGAUGGAGCGAGGGACCGACCAGGCAAAGCGAGAGGCCAAGGAGCAGGUGCCAAGUGAUCGCAUCAAGGAUGCCCCUGCGUUGGUGCGGGAGUUGCGGUGGCGGGUACGUCAUGCAGCGGGGCAUACAAGCGAUGAUGAAGGCCGCAGCAGCCGCAAGUUGGCGAAGACUAACAGUGCCGACCAUGGUGUGAAUGGGUUGGGCAAGCGGAAGAGGUCGACGGCUGAGCCGGAGGAUCCCAGCGGCAACGGGAUCUUCAGGAACUUCAAGAGGCGGCAGUGGGAGCGGGUGGCGGAGCUGGCGCCGGAGAAGGAAAGCAGGGUGAUUAAGGCGCGGCGGCCAGACGGAGAGGACUGGAGAGAGCGGUGGGUGGAGUGGAGGGAGGAGCUGAACGACGAGGAGGGUGGCGAGGAGGUCGAGGUCGAGCGGCGGAGGGAUGUGGUUGUGAAGGUGCGUCAGACGGAUAAAGGAGUGGAGAGGCAGAGGAUUGAGAGGGUGGUCGAGGAUUGGGUGUGGACCGGGGAUCCCUCCGUCCCAUCGAGCCCGGCAGCGGCAGCGGCAGCGCAGGAGAUCAAGCAGGAGAGUAUGCUGAUAGACGGAGACACCGGGGGCGGUGAUCCCGUGGCCGCUCAGCAAGAACCAUCGGAGGACAAGCCUCCGCCCAAGAUGGAGGUAGACGCGGUGGGUAACCAUGUUGCACAGCCUGAGCCCUUGCCUGCGCCCCCUCCUGCUGUGGUAGCUUGA